AACAAAGAGAUUAUAGAUUUAUUACUCAAAAUUUCACCAAAUGUUUUGCCAUUAUUACAAGUUUCAACUUUAAAGAUAUUGGGUAAACGUUUUACUGAUCAUGAUGAAUAUAUGGAAUCAUUUAAACCAUUGAUUAUUGAAGAGUUUUUUAGACAAAUUGAAUCAUCAUUCUCUGAAUUAGACGAAAAGGAUAUGGAUUUAUUUAGUGAUGAUGGCUCAUUAAAGAAUUUAGAGAAGUUAAAAAUGAAAAAUGUUAUGACAAUUGAAACUAUAAACGAAAUAUCUAAAGAGUUUUUAGAAGUUUCAUUCACUGUACUUUUAUCAAACAAUGAUGAAAUUCCUUUACCCCAUGAUUUAUUGUUAUUCAAAGUAUUUGUGCCACCUGAUCAAAAUGCUUACUUUGUUUUUGGUAGGGUAAUUUCUAGUAGACAAAAAGACGAUGAUAACCCCCAAGAAUUUACUGUCAAGUUCUCAAAAUACACCAAACCAUUCAUUGAUAAAAUAUAUAGCUAUUUCAAAAGUUCAAAACCUCACAGCUCUAUGAUUCAAUUUUUAAAGAUUUCAAACACAAGCACCUUCCAAAGGGAAUUAAACGCAAUUGAAAGUAUUCGUGGAAGUCCUCUAUGUGAUUUAAUAUUGUCACCAACAUUAAAAAAGAAUCAAAAACUAUUUGGUAAUAAAUUAGUUGUUCCUCCAAAUUUAAAAGAAUAUUUCAAUGCAGAGCUUAAUCAUUCACAAAAAGUAGCAAUUGAAGAAUCAUUACUUACAGAUGUAGAAAAACUUGAGUUAUCAGCAUUAAAACACGAUAAAUUACAUCCAGAUGGAUUAAUUGCAAACUUUGAAGGUUUAAUAGAUGAUAAAGAUAGUGAAGAUGAAAAACCUGAAAACACUGGCGAUAUUGUUAAACUAUUGAAAUCUGUAAUUAUUUCAGAUACGAAUACACCUGAUAAUUGGGUAUCAAACUUUUCAGAUUUAUUAAAUCAGUUAAACUCAAUGGAACGAAAUUUAGAAGAAACAGAGAAACAAAAAAAAGAAAUCAAAGAAAAAUUAAAAUGGUUAACCAAUAAACUUGCAUAUCUUCCAUUUGAACAAAGAAAUCAAUUAUUUUUAUCAGACUCAAAGAUUUCUUCAAACUAUCAAACCCCAAUACAACACUUAUUAUCUCAAUUAAGAUGUUAUAGUAAAAAUCCAACUUCACCUUUUUACAAAUUAAAUCAAAUUAAAAAGAAUAGCUUUUUUUCAGAUUUAUUAAAUCAGUUAAACUCAAUGGAACGAAAUUCAGAAACAGAGAAACAAAUAAAAGAAAUCAAACAAAAAUUAAAAUGGUUAACCAAUAAAUUUGCAUAUCUUCCAUUUGAACAAAGAAAUCAAUUAUUUUUAUCAGACUCAAAGAUUUCUUCAAAUUAUCAAACACCAAUACAAGACUUAUUAGUUCAACUAAGAUGUAAUAAAAAUCCAACUUCACCUUUUUACAAAUCAAAUCAAAUUAAAAAGAAUAGCUUUGAUAAAUUAGAAAGUACUUUGAAAUAUUGGCUUGCAGGUGCUAAGAUCCGUCAAUAUGGAUCCUUUUUUUCGGGUAUAUCAUUGAAUGAAAGUGAAAUAGAUGUUUGCCUUUUUUUAAAAAAAAAUGAUAAAACAUUAUUAUCUCAGGUAAAGUAUAUUUUAAAGGAUACAAAGAAUUACACUAUUGUAGAAAUUAGUAAAAGAGCAAAAGUACCAACCCUUAGAUUUAACGAAAAGACCACAAAUAUCCAUUUUGACAUGUGUUUCAAUAAAAGAUUGGAAAUUUAUAAAUCAUUACUAAUUAAGGAAUAUGUAGAUUUGGAUCCAAGAUGUCGUGAUUUAAUUUUAUUAGUUAAGCAUUGGGCCACACAAAAAAAUAUCAAAGAUGCCUCUCGGGGUACCUUCUCUUCAUUCUGUUUAACUUUAAUGGUCAUUAAUUUCUUACAAACUGGUGUAUCUCCUCCAAUCCUACCAAAUCUCGAAUCCCCAAAUAAAUCAAUUCUCGAACCCACCUCAAAUCUCAAAACAAAUUUUAUUAUUGAAGAAUAUCUUGUUCAAUAUUAUGAUCAUACAACUCUCAAAUUUAAAUCAUCCGAUAAUAAACUAUCAAUAGAUCAAUUGUUUUAUCAAUUCUUUAAAUAUUAUUUAGGAUUUGAUUUCAAAAAUUUGUCUAUCAAUAUUUCUAAAGGUAUCAAACAAAGAGGUCGAAAACCAGAGACUAUUGAAGUCCAAGAUUUAUUUGAACCCAAAAGCUCGUCUGCUGGUAUUAAAUUUAAAAAAUACAAAAAGAUUAUAUUUGAAUUUGCUUUAAUCGAGUUCAAUUUAAGAACUGGUUUAAAAAAAUUAGAAAUUAAUAUUAGUUUUGUAAAAUCAUCACAGGACGAAGAUUGCUUAAAAACAAUAUUGGUCAAAUUAUUCAAUAUAAAUGAUGUGACUUUAUGUGGAAACCCAAUUAUUACAAGUUAUUAUUUUUAUGAAGGUAUUUGUUCAAAUUCCAAUAAUAAAGUCCUUCAAGAAUUAUAUAUUAAAGGGUAUGAACCAACUUCCCGUAUUCCAUCCCCUCCAUCUUUAGUAUAUAGUGAUUUAAGCUGCUUUGAAAAUCUAUAUCAAUUAAAUUUAACAUUUAUAGCAAUAAAAAAAGAUGCACUUGGAGUUAAUGGUCAAAAAAAUGUUGCAAAGGAAAUUGGGUUAAUCUCAUGUAUUUUUGAUGAUGGAAUAAUUGUGUCUGAAGGUUCUUUUCUACCAACAGGUCAAAGCAAUUUAAGUAUUAUAUUAGAUUCAUUCUCAAAUUUUAAAGAAUUACGUUUUAGAACUAUUAAAUACCUAAAUUCUUUUUAUAUUUAUUCAAAUGCAGUCCCAAUAUUUACAAAUUUAAAGAUAAAGAGUUGCCAUUUAAAAAUUAUAGGUGAUUUAUAUUUGCCAUCAAUUGAUAAUUUAGGUACUUUAAAUCAAGUUGUAACAUUUACAUUUUCAAAUGAUGAAGAAAUUGAAUUCCCCAAACAAUUACUAUCAACAAAUAAUAUAUUCUCCCGAUUGAAUCUACUAUCUAGAUUUAAACCACAAAAAGAAUUCAUUGGUAAUAAUAUUUAUGGUGCAAAUGGUCCAAAAUCAUUGCCAGAUCUUUCAUCAUAUGAAGAUUUGGUUAAUAUUCAACUUACUAAUACUGGCUUCAGUGGACCAAUUCCUGAAAGCUAUUGUUUAUUUACGAACUAUUUAACUUAUAAUAAUUUAAAUGGAACCCUUCCAAUGUGCAAAGCUUGUUAUUUAAAUCCAAAUUAUGAUGAUUUUAAUAAUAAUCCUAAUUUAGAUUUUGGGGUUUGUGACGAAAGUACGAUCAUUCCUAAUUUCAAUAUUUCCCUUGGAAAAGAAAUUACUAUAUAUGGAGAAAAUAUUGGAUUAAUAUUACCCCAAAUUUUCAAUUAUCCAAUUGCAUUUUCAAAGGUCAAAGGGAACUCAAUGUUUAAAGGAAAGUGGAAUGAUAGCUGGGGCCCAAUCCCAGACACCGUUGUAGUUUCUUUAUCCCCAAGAAACUUUACAUUUAAUACAAAAAACCUAUUACCAUCAUUAAAUAAUAUUACAAAAUCAAAUCUCCAAUUUACUUUCCAUGGUUCAAACUUUUCAUAUAACAAAAAUGAUUUUGAAAUUAAAAUUGCAAACGAAAUUUGUUUAAUUUCAUCCAUAACAUUUAAUAAAAUCAUUUGCAAUUUCCCAAAACAAAAAAAUAAUAAAUCUGGUGAAUUUAUUUCAUUUACAAUAAAUACACUCAAAGAUAAAACAACAAUUGCUAAAAAAUGCCCAAAUCAAUGUAUAGAGGGGAUUUGUUCAAUUAACACUGGUACAUGUAUAUGUAAUCCCGGUUAUAGUGGUGAAACAUGUAGCCCCAUACCAUGUAAAUCAGACUGCGGUACUCCAGAAGGUAGAGGCGAAUGCAAUUAUAAUAUAGGUGUAUGCGUUUGUAAUCUAAAAUGGAAAGGUGAAUCUUGUGAAAUACCAAAUCAAUUUUUAACAUCAGCUUCAUCAACAUUAUCUUCAGGCGGUUUAGUUAAUUUAUUUGGUUGGUUUGGAUCACCAAAUGAAGGUUUAACAAUUACAAUUGGUUCUUUAAAUUGCCAAAAAUAUUAUUACAAUACAACUUUUGCAAACUGUACUAUUGGUGCAGGAUCAGGCACUAAAUCAAUAAAGAUUAUUCAAAACAACCAAGAAUGGAAUGGUGAAAAUUUGUUCCACUAUACAGAAAUAACAUAUAGAUGUCCAAAAAACUGCUCUUUAAAUGGAGUUGCAUAUGGUGAAUGCAACAGCUCUUUAGGUCAAUGUAAAUGUUUUAGUGGCUGGGGUGGAUAUGAUUUUUUUAAACAUAACCUAUCUAAUAAAUGGAUCGGCAUAGGAGAUACUGAUAAGAACAGUCAUAAAUUUAACCAAAAUAUUUCAGAAACAUGCAGAAUAACAUAUAUUAUUGAAGAUAUCCAAGAACCAAGAGAUUAUGAAUUUGCAGGUUUAAAACUAACUUUAGAAAAAGAUUCAAUUAAAUUAACAGUAACCAUCGAUAACUAUCCAUUUACAAGUGCAUUAAAUAAAUUACAACUCAGAUUGGAAUCUUUGGUUAGUGAUAAUGGUGCAAAUAUUGAAAACAAUCAAUGUAACAAUAAAGAUACCUCUAUCGAAAAAGACUUAUUAGAUAGUAAUCAAUUAUUAAACUAUAUUACUAUUUCGAGAAAUGAAAAAGUAUUAAAUGGUAGAUUUAUAAACAGAGUAUUGAGUGAUCAGAGACAAUCAUUUAUUACAACAUCAUUAAUUUCAAAUACCACUACAACAGAAAAUAAAGAAUCAUUUAUUAUUGGAUUAAAUUUACCAUAUUUCACAGAAUCAUUAAUCAUCGAUCCAGAUUUUUCUGUGUUAGUAUCACCAUCAUUCAAGAAAUGCAAAUCAAAUGAUAGAGCUAAGUGGGUUUUACCUGUUGCGAUUGUAGUACCUUGUGUUGCUGUUGCCACCAUUAUAAUAAUAAGUGCCAUUAUAUACAAAAAAAAUCAUACCACAGUUUUAUUGGUUAAAAAUAAAUUCAAAUUAAAGUCAUUAUCAAAAAAGAAAAAAAGUGAUCUUUAA